UCAAAACGAGGAAGUCAUGAGUUGUUUACUGGAGUGACGGUCCACAGCAAAGUUCCAUCAUGUCGACCUGCAAAUGCAUUUUGUUUUUCGUACUUUUAUCGAAAAGUAUUGACAGUGUUGUGGGUAGCGACGUGGUGAAUGUCACAGUUUCAGAUUCAGCGGAUAAACCAUCGUCUCCUGCGGCCAACUCUCCUCUGUUUAUCGACUCUGUCUUCCACCUCAGUCUGAUGUCUUCGUUCCCAGAAGAUCAGGAGAUAAGCCAAUACUGCAGCGAGAUGCUCGGCUUAUUUGGACAGCGAUAUGACGCCUGUCUAAAGUGUGUGAUACCUGCUGCGAGACCGUUCAAAGUAUGUGAGAAAUGCUACUCCAGCUAUGACAGCCUGGCUCAAAUCUACAUUAACAUCUCAUCGGACCAGACGGGUCCCAGUAAUGAGAGCUGCAGGGAGAGCCUUCUGCGCAGUGACCGACUCGUGCUGCUCAGCAUGUUGUUCAGCAGUCUGAAAGAAGUCUGGAAAGCAUCAGCCUGCGAGCAGUGCAUCAUUAAAGACUACAAGGGUCUGACCAAUGACACGCUGUACUUUUUGACCUUUUUCAAUCAAACUCUCACCUGUUUCGAGAAGAACAAAGAGGGUAACCACACAGAACUGUGCAAGAACUGUAAGGGCACAUACAGGGGUCUCAACGAACUGUACAGCCUAAUGGAGAAGAACCACACGCUGUGUAUGGACAUAGAGGAUGCGAUGAAUGUGACCCGAAAACUGUGGAGUAAGAGCUUCAAUUGUUCCUUCCCCCGUGAGGAGACGGUGCCUGUCAUUGCCGUGUCCAGCUUCAUGCUCUUUCUGCCCAUCAUCUUCUACUUGAGCAACUUCCUUCACUCUGAACAAAAGAAACGCAAGCUCAUACACCCCAAGCGAGCAAAGUCGUACACGAGCCUGAUGAACAUUCAGGACAAACAGAGUUGAGGCGACAGCGACUGGGAGUCCGUUUGUCAUAUUGCUGCCUCACUCCGUAUUCAGCAGCUGUUUUCUUUUUGCCCAACAGUAUUCAGAGGACUCCAUGGAUCACAAUAUAUUGAACUGGAAGUGAAAUGCACUCGUUUUUAUAAAUGCACUAAAGAGACUUUGGGCACAUUAAAAUACUUUCGUUUGCAUUUCUUUCAUGUAUUUUUUUCCCCCUUUUAAUAUAGUAAUUUGUGAAUAUUAAGACUUACUGAGGGUUUUGGGGAACAUGUGCGUGUGUGCGUGCGUGUGCGUGUGUGUGUGUACCUGUAUGUGCGUGCCUGUAUGUACUCCAUUUAUGGGUGGAGAGAAGGGUUUUCUGUUUCUAAUGUAAGUCCAGAAAAGGCUGCAAAAAGGAAGCACUUGAUGUCCAUUAGUGGCGACAUGUAUCUGCUGUAAGGAGGCGGGGGUGGGGUGGUGCACAUUGGUGUGAUGGGAAGUAAAUAAAGACAUAACACACAAUGUACAAGCUCUCCGAAGUACCACACAGAUGUUACCUGUUUUCUAGUCAGUGUUUUUUUUUGUGGUUGCAUAAAGCUUUUAAUGUGCUUUUUUGUCAUUUUUCCACUGAUGUUUAAUUUAAUUUGUCAAAGGUUUCUGACUGAGUUCUUUGGGAGUGAUAAGUAUGGAGUUGAUGAAUGUGCUUUGUAAUAAUGCAAACCUUGAUGAUGAAAUCAUAAAUUCAAAUAAAAAAGAUAUCCAAAUCCUGAA